AGAGGAGGUCGCCCUCUGUGUUCGGAAAUCACUCUGAAUCCCUUCAGACUCUUGCUUGUUUCUCAACAAGUACAAGCUCACCUCUGAAUCCCUUAACAACAUGGCACCAAAGAAGAUUGAACCAAAGAAACCUGAGCCCAAAAAGCCAGAGCCUAAGAAAGAUCCAGCUCCAGCUGCUAAGCCAGCUCCUCCUCCAGAGCCACUGCCUGAGCCGCCCAAGGAGCCUGCGUUUGAUCCCAAAAGCAUCACCAUUGAGUACACUGCUGACCAGAUUGAGGAGUUCAAGGAGGCCUUCACCUUGUUCGACCGCACACCAACUGGAGAGAUGAAGAUCACGUAUGCCCAGUGCGGAGAUGUGAUGCGAGCACUGGGUCAGAACCCCACCAAUGCAGAUGUACUCAAAGUGCUUGGGAAGCCACGGCCAGAGGACAUGAGCACUAAAAUGGUGGACUUUGAGACCUUCUUGCCAAUGCUGCAACACAUUUCUCGUGCAAAAGAUCAAGGCAACUUUGAGGAUUUUGUUGAGGGUCUCAGGGUUUUUGACAAGGAAGGCAAUGGCACCAUCAUGGGAGCAGAGCUGCGUCAUGUGCUGGCAACACUGGGAGAAAGGAUGACAGAAGACGAGGUGGACAGACUGAUGGCUGGGCAGGAGGAUGCCAAUGGGUGUAUCAACUAUGCCUCCUUUGUAAAGCAUAUUCUCUCCGGGUGAAAAGUGCUGUUAAUCAGAGAGACUUAAUUUUACCUGAAUGUCACCCCUGUUUUCUUCACUUUUUGGAGCCAUGCUUUGUCCAUUUAGAGGUGAGCAUGUCACUUAGUCUGUAACAUAUUUUGCUGUCAAAAGCAGCAGAUAAUGUUCAGUAAAAAAAAACGUUAGCCCCAAGACCUAUGAUUAAUUCUUUUUAAUAGGCACUCUGAAAUAUAAUGGAAUGCCAGCGAGAUAAGGAUAUUGACAUCCAUUAAAAAACUCCAUUAAUAAAGGAAAUAUGAUUACAAA